AUGGAAGGCAGCCUCCAGCACCAGGUCACUUGGCAGCAGGGCAGCGCGUUGCCUCCGCGCCCCUUCGUUGCAAGGAGCGACUCCACAGACCUCGCUGCCCUACGGUCCCGUUUAGGUCGGCUGCUAAAACCUGCAGUGAAGGAUCAGAGCCUGAGACCUCAGCUUGCAGACCCUCAGCUUGCCACCAGCAACCCCACCCUUACUACAGUUGCUCUAGAGAAACCUUUCUGUAUGUUUGAUAGCUCCCUAAGUCCAAAUAAAUCUUACAGCGUCUACUUGUAUGCAAUGAUGGAGUCAGCCAUUGCAGGAAGCUCCCUAGUGACUGACCACAGCGGCAAGCCGCUCAACAGCACCUUCCAGCAAAUGAGCGGGGGACAGCUUGGACCUUACAAGGCUGCCGUGUUCAGCGUGCCCAACUGUGCGUCGCCCCCAAACCCUGCGGAUGCGGCAGACAUUAACAAAGUUGCCGAUGUCCUGAAACAAUACCUCUUCAGAGUGGGAGAUGACGGGACCUGCUUGCAUGACCCCAACUUCCUAGAUGUCUGUAACCCGCCUCUCGCUCCAGACACAACGUACAGAUUUAAAUAUACGUUAGUAGAUAACACUGAUGGUAUCAUGAAAGACCAGACUCUCUGGUCUGAUCCUAUCAAAACCAGACGAGGGGAUUAG